AUGACAAAGCUGAUGUCCUGUAUUUCUUUUCCAGGAAGUGCUGGUACACCUGUGCUGUUCAAUGAGAAUGGAGACGCUCCCGGAAGAUAUGACAUCUUCCAGUACCAGAUCAACAACAGAUCCACCGCCGAGUACAAAGUCAUUGGCUCCUGGACUAAUAAAUUACACCUCAAAGUGGAGGCCAUGCGCUGGAGGACUGGUGAUCCAUCUCUCCCGGCCUCUGUAUGCAGCAUCCCCUGUAGAGCGGGCGAGAGGAAGAAAGUUGUGAAAGGGGUGCCAUGCUGUUGGCAUUGUGAACGCUGCGAGGGAUACCACUAUCAGGCCUCAGAAUUCACCUGUGAGCUCUGUCCAUAUGAGAUGCGGCCUGACGCCAACCGCACCGGGUGUGUUCCCAUCCCCAUCAUCAAGCUGGAGUGGCACUCCCCCUGGGCCAUCAUCCCCGUCUUCAUCUCCAUGCUCGGGAUCAUCGCCACGUCCUUUGUCAUCGUCACUUUUGUGCGCUACAAUGACACGCCCAUCGUGCGAGCGUCCGGCCGGGAGAUGAGCUACGUGCUGUUGACGGGAAUCUUCCUGUGCUAUGCCAUCACCUUCCUGAUGAUCGCCACUCCAGAUGUGGGCGUGUGCUCGUUCAGGAGGAUCUUCUUGGGCCUGGGGAUGUGCUUCAGCUAUGCCGCGCUGCUCACAAAGACCAACAGGAUACAUCGUAUCUUUGAGCAGGGGAAAAAGUCUGUAACAGCACCCAGGUUCAUCUCUCCCGCGUCCCAGCUGGUCAUCACCUUCUCCCUGAUCUCGGUCCAGCUCCUGGGCGUCUUUGUUUGGUUUGCCGUGGACCCUCCGCACACGGUGGUGGACUACGGCGAGCAGCGGACCCAGGACCCCACGGCGGCACGCGGAGUGCUCAAGUGCGACAUCUCCGACCUGUCCCUCAUCUGCUCCCUGGGUUACUCCAUCCUGCUCAUGGUGACGUGCACGGUUUACGCCAUCAAGACUCGAGGCGUCCCCGAAACCUUCAACGAAGCCAAGCCCAUUGGAUUUACCAUGUACACAACCUGUAUCAUCUGGCUGGCCUUCAUACCCAUCUUCUUUGGCACGUCACAGUCCGCAGAGAGGAUGUACAUCCAAACUACCACCCUGACAAUUUCUCUUAGCUUGUCCGCCUCCGUCUCGCUUGGAAUGCUCUACAUGCCCAAGGUCUACAUCAUCCUCUUCCACCCUGAACAGAACGUUCCCAAACGAAAACGCAGCUUCAAGGCAAUUGUGACUGCAGCCGCCAUGUCGGGAAAACUGGCCCAGAAGGGCGGAGACCGGCCCAAUGGAGAAGUUAAGACUGAACUGUGUGAGAGCAUGGAGACCAACAGUGAGUAA